GUUGGAGCCGGCGGCUAAAUAAUUGCUGGGUGAUCAACAUGAUUAAAGUUUGGCACUGUCCCAUCAAGGCUGCUCCCUUAUUCCUUCCGAAGGCAUUGGAUGGGCAAUGGGCAUGUGGCCGGUUAGCGCUUGAAGAACUUAGUCAAUGUGUUGCCCAUGCUUCGGUCAACAGUAUUCGGUUCAUGCUAAAGGUCCUCUCAUCUCUCCCACCUACUUCUUGCACCCCCACUUUGCUCGCAGUAAUUGUCCGCUAUCAUGACUAACAAUAGACCAACUCCUCAUCCACAAACCAGUGAAACAACCGUUCCUGAAAGCUCGAGCCAGCCAAGUGGCCAAGUCAAACAGGGCUGGAAAUUUGCGAAAAAGAUCACCACGAAACUUUCUGACACUAAACGCUUAAAGCGUUCCCGCAACCGCAUUCCUGCGAUCCAGGAUGUCGAACGUCAAGGUGCUUCAUCCAGUGAGAACAUCCAGGAUACGUCACAUCCACAUCCUUCCACCGACGACAAACAUCCCACCACAUCCGAGAAUCCCAGUGGCUGCGUCAACCAAGGGACAUCCGGAGAACCUGCUUCGAAGGUUCUCGACGUCCCAUGUGGCAUGGAGGAAACCCCUGGUUUCAAAUCAGUUAGUGCCGAAAUUCAGGGUGCCCACGAGGCUUUAGAACACAUCAAAAAACCCUUGAGAUCUGCGCAGCCUGCGAUAUCCGCUGUCAGCAAUGCCCCAGCAGGUCUCACUGCCGUAGAUGAUUUCCAGACCGAUUACCUCCAAUCCCUGAAAAUUUUCAACACCGCCAUUGACAAGAUCGCAAACGUGCAUCCAUACGCAAAGAUGGCGUUGGGCGUACUUUCUGCUGCAGCCAACAUCAUUCUUACUCAAGCGGAGCGCGACGAAUCCGUAGAUGGCCUUCUUAAGAAAUUAGAUGAAGUUUAUGGUUUCAUCACCCAAGACGAUAAUCUUUCCAAGGUUGAAUCGAUGCGUGAUGUCAUCGGAAAGAUCGCUCAGCAGACUCUCGAGUGUGCCCGUUUCAUCAGGGAAUAUUCGGAGACGAAAAGCUUCUGAAAGCGAGUCGGUAAAAACAUCGUUGCGGAAACAGACGACAUCAUCACACGGUACAACAAAGCCUUGGAUGGACUUCUGCAGCAAUUUCGGGAUCAAUCU